UGAACAAGAGUUCUGGGGUGCUGAUGAUGCGCUACUCGUACAAAAGUGGUUGGCAGAUCUAAGGAAGAUGGGAUAUGUGUUCCCACUUCAAGCUCAACACAGCAACGUAUAUGUACCAAUCGAUGAAAAAUCUCGUGAAGUGAAUUGCCGACGGGCAACCGUUGAAUUCGAAAAUGAACCGGCAGACAAGGGACAGGACCACCAGCGAUCACAGGACAAGAUCAACGCCUUUGGGGAUCUUUCCGAUUGGUGUGCAGCAGCGAAUUUCUCAAAUUUUACCCACUCCCUGCCAUCACCGAAGCAAACAACGAGAUACCACGCUAAUCACAAUGUCCUAGCAGGGCUUAGAGAUAC